AUGAGCAGAUCCAGUUUAAAAGUUGUUAUAUUUUGGGACAAAAGGAAGGGAGUAAUUGAAAGGAGGGGCUUGAUUACACAGGUGCCGGACAAAGUCGCCGAUACGCGGUCGCCGGCUUACAACAAGGGGAAGGUGUUCGUGCAAGGCAGCUCGGAGGAGACCGACACGUCGUACCGGCGGCAGUUCCAGUCAGACAUGACGCGCUUCCUGCGCUGCCGCGCCGCCGAGUUGAAACCCGGUCGCGCCUUGUUCCUGGUCUUCAUCGGCCGCUCGUCGUCCGCCGGCCCCACCGACCUAGGCCGCAGCUUCAACCUACUGGGCGCCAUGUUCGAGGAGUCGUGGCGUGACCUCGUCGACGAGGGGUUGAUCGACGGCGGGACGAUGGACAGCUUCAACAUCCCGUCGUACGCCGCGACGCUGGAGGUGUUCAGGGAGGCCGCCGAUGGCUCCUUCGCUGUCAACCGGCUGGAGCACGUCAUGGGAAGCCAUCUCGCCAUGGACGAUGACCCCCAUGACCGCCGCGUGGUCGGGCGCAGGGUGGCGAACAAGCAGCGAUCGAUCUUCGGGCCGCUCGUCGAAGCGCACAUCGGCAGGGCGCUCGUGGACGAGCUGUUCGUCCGGAUGGAGAGUCCCGUAGGAGAGCUCGCCGAUGAGCUUGGGGACGAGAUGGGGGUCCACUUCCACAUCGUGUGCACGCUUUCACUCGUCUGACGAUAUUUACAUUGUACACUGUUCUAAUAAUGAAAAAAUAUGCAAAUUUUGGGCACAACACGGAAUAUUAGUUCGAGCGCCGCACAACGCCCUCUCCUUCCGGAUUUUCCCUUUUUUACCACCGCACCUUUCCUCCGCAUCCCAGCUUUUCUCAGUUCGUUUUUUUCAUUUUUUACCACUCCACCUUCCGUGUUUAUUUUUUCUCUUUUCCAUCUCAUCCGUGCUUCAUCCAUGGACCUAGUAAAAUAUUAAUCAUCUAUAUUUUUCUGUUUUUCGUUCCUUCUAUGUAGUUUUUCUGUUUUCUCGUUUUAGUAAAAUAUUUACCGGUAGUUUUUCUUUCCGAGUUUUCUUUUUCUAGUAUCUCCGCACGUUUCAAACGUUUCAAAAGUAACCAAUUUACUCCUAGCCUCUCACAUUACUCAUUCAAAAGUAACAAAUUUACUCACAUGAAUGCGUCCACAUCGUAUGACGCCAUACCUAGAUUAUCGUAAAAGAAUUACUACCAGCUUACAACGCUAGUAAUUCUUUUACCAAUAUUAUAAAUAUUAUUUAGAUUUCGUGGUCUGUGAGUAAAACAAUUACUACCUUCCUCUCAAUAUAGCCCAUGAUCUCGUAGCCACCGUGUAGUAAUGUGUUUACCGAUGUGUUCAAUACACAUUAUAAGAGUAAAAACUGAGAUUUCGUGGUCUGCGAGUAGAACAAUUACCACCUUCCUCUCGAUAUAGCCAUGAAAUCGUAGCCACCCUGUAGUAAUAUGUUUACUGAUGUGUUCAAUAUACAGUAUACGAGUAAAAACUGAUACUAAGAGUAUUGUUGAUCUGUAUCACAAAAUAGUCGUAUGAAUGAAAAAAUUACAGGCUCAAUCACACACAAGCGAUAAAAUUACUCAUAGGUGAAUCAAACUAGAAAAGAAAAAAAAAUGAUUCAGCCAAAAAUCCAUCUGGUGGCUUUGCUGGAUCUUGCUAUGAGGAUGAAGAGCACGGUCUGUAUCUUGUGACUGGUAGUGGAGAGGGCAACCAGGUGGCAAACAAUAGUCGACAAUAGAAUCAUGGAAGGAUGUAGCGGUGAGGUAUAGAUAUGAGCUCGACGUUGUGCAGUAGCAGCCAUCCAUCAUCUAGCAAGCACGAAAAAAAUGCAAAAACAUUCUCGUUCAUGUCAAUACAUAUGAUGAGGAAAAGAAAAAUAGCAAACAACCUCCAUCACCGGUGGACUCCACCCUAUCCUCUGCGGCCAGCCACAUGGAGCACGAUGUGCAAAUGUAGGACCUGUGCAGCCCAUCAAUUGAGAUUAGGUAAUAUUGGAGAUUGCACGUUAAUUUGAUUUGCAAAAAUAAUUAGGGCUUCAUGCGUGAAGUUGAAGGAGAGUAUGCAGAUGCAAAUCAGAGUGUCAUUUCCUUACUUGCUUGUUCUAUCAAUGUCGCCGACGUGGAGCAUCUGCUUGUUGCUGCUACUGGCUCAGGUGAACACCUCUUUGCUGGUUAAGGUGUUGCCUAGCGUCCGGCAGCGAGGCCCGAAGUAGUGCCUUCGCCUUAACCACCGCCGGCCACCGCUCGCUGACCACCGCCAUCAACCGCCAUGGUGUCGUCCUCCUCCUCCAUGAUGUGUCGUCGAUUUGUGGGCUGGGAUGGUGGAUCGAUUCAGAUCCGAAAAAAGAGAGGAAAAAACGGAGUGGGGGCGAGAGUGGUUGGUUGGGUACGGGAAAAAUAGAAUAUAUACCAGAAGCAGAGAAGUUGUUUUUAUCGAAGUAAUCAUUUACUCCGAUAAUGGUGGGAACAUGAUGCGGGACGUUGGGUGGGAUCGGAAGCAGAGGAGUUGUUUUUAUAAUCGAAGUAAAUUACUCGAAUAAAGGUGGGUGGUUGAGGCGCGCGAUAGGAGUAAAUUGUUUACUUCGACAACGGUAGGAGUGGGAUGACGUGACGUGGGGGAUGGUGGGCUUGGGCUGAUGCAUGUUUGGCGCUUGGAAUAUGCGCUCCUAAUAGUAGUUCUAUAUAAUAAUUCUAUUUGCUAAAUAAGUCUGUUGGAAAUAUGGUCAUAAAUCGGCAUAUUUUAAUUCAGAAAAACAAGAUAAUAAACAUGACAUGCAAGUGGGAAGUGAUCUAGUGCUAGUGCUAAACAUAAAUAUGCUAAGAGCAAGAAAAAAACAUCAUCUACAAACAUGUUUGACACUAGAAAUAGAAAUCCUAUAUACUCGAAGAAUACUCCAAAGUAUGUUGAGGCAUUAGUAUUAUCUCCGUCGACGUUCUCUCUGGUGCACCGUCAUUCACUCCAGUAGCGCCGGUGCCGGUGGCAGCCUUCAUGAUGUAGAGGAAGAAGAUGAAGCAGACCGUCGAUGCAGAGGAAGUAGACGUGUUAUAGAGGAUGUAGCUGAUGUAGAGCCAUCGCACUGCUGGAUGCUCCCACCACCCGCCUACCCUUGCAGGUACACAAUUAGAUAGAGUUUUGGAGGCCUACUCAUCCCGAGUACCUAUGCGCACAGGAGGUCAGAACCGGGGAAACAGUAGCUAGCGCAAGAACAGAAGAACAGAGAUUAAUGUUAUGAGACUGUUGGAAUAAAUGGGAUAGGCCAAAUUUAUUCCCAAUAAAUUAAUUCCAUUGGCCCAUAAUUAAUGUUACAAGAUUUGAAUUUAACUGGAGAGAUCUCAACUUAAAUAGAGAGUUAUUAGAGAGCAUCUGUUGACCGGUUAAGGUGGUGGUGGUACUGCCACACGUGCGCGCCGAGCCGGGCUGAGGCCGAGGCAAGGCGUCGCUGGCUGCUGCUACUGCUCUCUCUUUCACACAUUAUUUUGCAAUGGACGGGAAUUGAAUUUGUAACGGUUGAGAAUCAACACCAUUACCUCUACAACAAAUGAGAGUAUCAAUCCCGAUUUAAUUAUCAGAUUAACUCUGUUGGUUGCUCUGGUAAUAGACCUAUUGAUUACUCUGGCAACGGGUAGAUUCCCCUCUCGCACACUGUAUAAACCCAUCAGACCUGUUGAUUACUCCGAUAACAGGCAUAUUUCCCUCUCGCGCACUACAUAUAUCCAUCAUGAUUACUCCGACAAUGAGCAGAUUACCCUCUCGUGCACUAUAUAAACCCAUUAGACCUGUUGAUUACUCCGACAACAGGCAGAUUCCCCUCUCGUGCACUAUAUAAACCCAUCACCUAGAGAGG